AUGCGUGGUGCUCAUGCCGCUGUUGUUCUUGGGGCUAUCGGCCCCGCCCUUGGUCUAAGCCCCUUGGACACUUUCUACCCGCCGACUCUCAAUGAUACUUCCUAUAUUUCCAAUAGCUCCAUUGGAACUUAUGGCGGUAUCUACAAGGCUUCUAUCAGUGGUCCAACCGAGGGCACCCCUUACGGUACCUAUGACUACUGCUCGAUGCCCCACCCCCGAACCAAGGAGUAUGAGCUGCCCGAGCCAAUCGCGAAGGGCUCCUUGAAAGGAAAGCUUGUCUACCUUGAGUACCUACAGCGCCACCAGCGUCGCUCUCCAUACAACAUUCUGCCCGGUGGCGAGAACCAAGCGUACGAGUGUGACAAUGUCCGCCCGUACCUUUUUGCCGGACCUAGCUCCAAUAGCGGAGUUCAGCCCAUUCCUAUGUACGCUCAGACGUAUCAGGAUCCGACUAACCCCUUCACUCCUGGUGUAAAUGGCACCUGUCAGUACCCGCAGAUCACCAUCGGCGGUAUCCAAGACGGCUUCCAGCAUGGUAAAGACCUAUGGGCCGUUUACGGCAAGAAACUUGGCCUUAUUCCCGAUGAGCCCAACAGCCGCGUCUGGUUCCGCUCUAGCGAAUCUGCUCUUACCCAGGGCUCCGCUGGUGCUGUUCUUCGUGGUGUCUGGCCCAAGUAUAAUGGUGCUCUCCCAUUGCACCAGAUGGUGUCCUCGGUUGACACCGUGAACGAGGGAUACUCUUGCAACGCAAUCGACACUACUCUCGAUGAACUCGAGGCGACCAGCGAAUGGAAAGAGCACUUGACCGUUACCGCUGAUCUACGCUCCAAGCUUGGCUCUAUGCUCGGCGCUACCUCUAGCUCGUGGCAGAAUACCUUUGACCACUUCUCUGAUAACUUUCAGGCUCGUCUUUGCAACGGCUAUGACCUGCCUUGUAGUACCUCUAAUGCCUCGGCCUGUGUCAGUAUGGAGAUGGCUGAGGAGGUCUUUCGUGCUGGUGACUGGGAGUGGAACUACUACUGGCGUACCAACGCGUACGUCAAGAAGUAUAUCCAGGUCGUUGAGGGUCUCUUCAUCUCUGAGAUCAUUACUCGCUUACAGGCUGUCCUGGAUGGCAGUUCUAGCCUUGAUUACUCUCACAUCUUCAUUCACGACGGCGAUAUCGGCCCUAUCCUGGGUGCCCUGGGAAUCAACGCCCUCCGUUGGCCUGCUAUGGCUUCGAACAUUGCUUUUGAGAUCUGGGAAACUGAGGAUAAGGAGAAAGACCUCUACGCUCGUGUUCUGUAUAGCGGACAGCCUGUUCAGACCAUCCACGGGACUCUUGAGUGGCUUUCUCUCUCGAGCCUCAUCGACAUCCUGACCCCCUAUGUGCCCGAUGACAUCACUAGUCUUUGCGGCUAA